CACUUCACUUCCGCUCGGGGAAAAAACGUCAAUUCCGUUUCUCUUGGCAACAGCGAGACGCGCUGAACAGACGAAGGAAUAACCCAACAAUCCCCAAAAUGGCUUCUGAAGUUGAAGAAACACUGAAGAGGAUCGAAGGCCAAAGAGGUGUGGUUGGAACCGUGGUUUGUAAUGCCGACGGUAUUCCAAUCAGAUCAUCUUUAGAUGGUGUAGCAACAGCCCAGUACGCAAGGCUUCUUCGUAAACUCACGGUGAUGGCCAAGAGCGCAGUCCGGGACAUCGACCCUCAGAAUGACCUCACCUUCCUCCGCCUCCGCUCUCAGAAAUGUGAGAUCAUGGUUGGACUAGAGAACGAGUUUCUGGUGAUAGUCAUCCAGAACCUACAUCAGUAGCUCCUGGCUAUUCCCAUGAGAGUCAUCCUCUGCGUUGUCACAUGGUGAUCUGCUUUAUUCAAGCAAAACCUCUUCUUAUGGUGCUAUUUGUUACCGUGUUAAAUUCCUCUGUGUGUUGCUCUACUAAUACUUUGAACUCAGCAUGUUGCCUGGAUCUGCAUAAAGCAUUAUUUGUUCUACAUUGUUCCUCUUGUGCAUUUGAACAGAUGUUGAAAAAUUCUGUAAAAUAAAGUUAAUGUCCUAUGUGCAUCACAGUUGCUCUUUUUUGUAAUGUGUGAGAGGCACGCAGUGAUGAGUAUACAGUUCACACCAGUAAUGUACAGAAUAAACAUAUACAUAUAGAC